AUGAAGCAGAAUCCUAAGCAGCAAACAGCCAGCGCUCCGUUCCAAGGCAGCAACUCAUGCAGCAGUGCCACCUUAUCGCACAAGUCUGCUACAGAAGCCCGCAAGAUGCUUGCAAAUGAGAGACUAUCAUUAGGGCAAGCGCAGGUUGAUGCUGGCACACGGGCUGCAGUCAAAGUUCGCACAAGCGAAAAUAGAAACCAGAUACGACAGGCCCAAGAAGCAAGGGCUGCCAUGACAGCUCGGAUAGAUGCCAUGGCAGCUCAGGACCGUGAACGAAGAAGACUCGCUCUCCAGGAGGACAUGCGUCUUGAAGCUUCACUCAAUGUACGCCACCAAGAGAUUCGCGCGCGCUUAAACCAACGCAUAGCACAUGCAUCCACGGUUGACAUAGCUAACUUUAUCGAACGGCAACAAGGUCAUAAGCAAACGGUGAACACGGCAGAUAUUUCGAGCCAGGACUUAGCACACACCAUAAAAUCUCGAGCAGCUGCUCGUCGUGAAGAGCGUGAAAAAGAACUUUUGGAAAAGAAGCAGGAGAAGGCACGCAACAUUGCAUUUAUAGCCAAUUCCAAGGCUGCAUCUCCAUCUUCUUCCAGACCUCAGUCGUCAGGAAUGUCUGCUACUGCAAGUUCUGCAGAUAAAUCGGUGGCAAGACUUACUCUUGAGCAUCUUGAGCGGCAAAAUUCCGAUCCAAACUCUGCAUAUGAUAAGCAACUUAUGCGUCGCUUUGAUGAUCUGGAGGAAUCGAGCGACGUGGGCCUGCCUGAGGUAGAUGUGCUUCACCGAGAUGAGUCUGAUCAAGCAGCUGCAGAAUCCUCUUAUGCUGACCAUCGGAAUAGAGCCACAAAUGUAGUAGACGAUAUAAUGUAUUUAACAACGCGAUACCAGAUGGAACGAGAGGACAAGACGGCACCUGCUGAAGCUACCUUGCACCAAAUAAAAUAUAAAGAGUAUGCCCAGGUAAACAAGAAGAUCGUCUGGGCCAACUGUGCACGUGAUGUAGAUGAUCUUAUUUCGCUGGCACUAGAACUUGCUACAUCUGGUCCACAGCUUUCUGCUGCAGACCGAACACGUCUCACCAAUGCCUUCCUUUACUGUGAAUAUGCACCAGAUCAAGAAUACAAAGAUAGGAUUGCUCGAAUAAGAGAACUACUCUUCCACGAAUGUGAGCUUUAUAAGAAUGAUAUUCCUUGUGACCCCAGUGACAUUGAAUUAAUGCAGCUGAUAGAUUCUAUGUCUGCUAAUAUAUUUAAUGAGGCAAGCAUAGGGUUUACUAAACCAAAUGAUUUAUCCCUCGAUUCUACACGCUCUACCCAAUUUGUCAACGAUGCUAUCUUAUCCAUUCCACCGUGUUACCGAAAUGCAGAUGCAUCCGAUGCUAGUACUGACGACGAAAGUACUACCGAAAAUCAGGUGAUGGAACAGUCUGGUGGGGGUUAUGAGGGAUCCGAAGAAGCACCUCAAGCCUCAGACAAGGGCGGUACUCAAAAGCUCACGUUCCUUAACACCAUUGAGUCUGUCAUUCGUCGUCUUAAAUGCACGGAUUAUUACCUACACAGCCGUGAUACUCCAUUUCUCUUUUCUAGCCUACAGAUAUCUAUUCCAACUUCAUCUGGCCCGAAAAUUGUCAGUGGCCACGAUCUUCCCUUGUUUACUCUAUUCUCAUAUAAUCCUACACAUGUAUCAGCAGAUAUGGCAGAGUCUUUGGCCGCUUCAGCUGCAGAUUAUUUAGGUGCAACACUUCUAUCUUACACUAGCUUCGUUUCUAACUUUGCUGAUUAUAAAAAGGAAUUUACGUCGUAUGCAACCGUGCUGCAGAAGUUAGCAGAGGCUGAGAGGCAGAUAAAGUCGUGGAAAAAGGAAAAUAAUGACCCAAUUAGAUUGACUCUCGAGCUAGCAGAUCAGUAUGCCUGCAUUUGUGACUAUAAGGAUGCAGAUCGCAUUCUCAAGCUCCUCAACACACCAUACAAGACAGAGGAACCCCCAGAUCCCUAUAUCUUUACCCUGAUGUAUAUGCGCGCCUACUACCUGUUGAAAACGCACUACAGCAUGAGGAUUGUUAAUUCACCCAUUAUAGAUUCAGUUGGAACUAAUCUAAUAUUAUCCGUAAACAUCUUAGCCCCAGAAGAGCUUGCAAACACACCUGAAUUACGGCCAUCAUCCCAUGUCUCUGUUACGACAAAUGGAUCACCCCUACGGUCUGAAGUGCACUUUAGUGCUGCAUCUGUCCCAGCAUCAGCCGCAUCAAAGCGUGCUGCAGGAUUCACCUCCCUUUUGAAUAGCUCUUACUUAUUUGUAGUUCCACUGAAGGCAGCUACAGUGAUUACAGAUUUGGAGACAGCUUUUCAACCAAUGAACACGUUGAGACAUCAAAUAUACACCACCAUCAACGAUGCAGUCGUCCCACAGUUACCUCAAAAUCCACCCAAGGGUGCACUGAUAUCAUCUGUCUUCGACUCUAUUAUAUUCAUAACGUGCAGUGACGACUGCGUGAUUAAACCAGGAGAAGAUGCAUCCGUCAAGAAGCGAGACCCUAAGAAGGACCCACCGCCACCAUUGAACCUGGACGGAUUGAGCCCCUGGCAAUGGAGCAAGUUUUCUACAAUCAGCUCUGAACUGGUUGAAGACCCUGAUUAUUCCAAGCUUGCCUCCGCCUAUUCUGCUGCGCGAGGAUAUUUGCAGCUGCUUACAGAUACCGUUGAGACGAGUGGAAAUACUCAAGCAGCCCCCCAAGUCAGUGAGACAUCUGCAAUUCAUACAUCGCGAACACAGACAUCACGGACAAAAGAAGGUAAGCCGGACUCAAGGGGACCUAAACCAGAUCCCGCAUCCCCAGUGCGGUGUAUUCCUGUCCUAAAAUCAUCGUCUGAUAUGCUUAUUGCUGACUUACAACGCUGCUAUGGCGAUUACCUCCAGGCUCCUUGUGCACAGGACGAAGCUAUCGCAUGCGAGCCACUAACGAGGAGUAUGUCUGCUACCUCGCCGUCGCAAAUGCAUGGAGUCAUGCCCACAGAUUCUCCACUGCAGAAGGCUAGUCAAUCUAACAAUGAUGUGGAUAAUAUGGACCCUGUGCAGAUUCCUGAGGAGCCUACAUCACAGGCUGACCCCCGAGGUGUAACUCAGGAUGCUCUAGAGAGUGCUGUACCGAUUACUCAGGAUAAGAUAGAAAGCUUCUUUGAGGAUGAGCUAGAGGCAAAGAGUUCUGCUCCUACCCUGGAAGGCAUUUUGUUCAAGUGCUUCCGUAAAACGCGCGUUCCUCAGGACCUUGUCUUCAAAAUGACUGAGCGUCAAUUAAUUAACAGGGCCUCUGAAUUGAUAGAGCAUGCAAUUGCUUCAUAUAAAAGCGCUGUCUCUUCAUUGGUACCAAGGCUAAACAACGCCUUGCGUAUGUUUUCAUUACACUUUGUCAAUAUGCGCACUGAAUGCAUAAAGGUCUGCAAGUGUACUCAUAAUCGCCUCAUAGAGGAGCUGUGCUCACAGUUCUCCGGUUUCUCUAAGAGCUCUGCUGCAAUAUGUGCUGCACUAGAGUCAGGUGGCGGUGAAAGCAGUGCAGAGCUGCGUGAGAAGCUCGAAAGCUAUGUUUUCCAAUUUAGGACCAUGUUGGACAACACAAUCCAUGACUGGCGGCACGGAUCGGAGCAGCUUCUUUACGAGAAGAUCUAUACAGACACUGAGGAUGAUACGUUUCGUGCACCAAUUGAGUUAGUUUCGGAGACGUUUGAUACAUUUGCUACGACACUGGAUCCAGGCAUAAAGCAGUUGCAGAACAUACCAUCUAGUUUCUUCUAUUACGAUAUCCAUACAAAGUACAAGUUUAUGCGGCCCAUGGGUGCUUUGUUUAACAUUUAUCGCCGCCUGUCAGAGAACUAUGAUGAUACCCUCAGAGAGGCAGAAGCCCUAUGUCAAGACUUUGGAUCACUUAUCAAUAAGGCUUUCAAUCAGCAGAUUGUCGCAUAUAUAAUGGAACAAAGGACUGAACCAAUUGCUGAACUUUCCAGCUACACAGAGAUGUUGUCAAACCUCAUCUUUAAUAUGUUCAAGGACCUGGUCUAUGCCUCUGUAGAGUUAUUUGGGAUGGCCUUCUAUGCUCUCACUAAUAUUAUCCACUUAGUCGCGCCGACGAAUCCGUCACGUCAGCGGUCUGCAAGGUCGAAGAUCUACAAUAUCAAGACAUUCAUUAAGACAGACAUGGACUAUACAGUCAUCAGAGACGAGCGAUACAACCUAGACACGUACUUCGAAGACUUUUACUACGGUCUUAUUUCCAACCUUAACUAUAAGAAUCUAUUUGAUGUUGCCUCUCUGCAAUCUGCGCACAUCUUACUGGUCUCCAAAAAUGAGAUUGCAGAUCUGAUUCAGAUCAUGCUGAAAAACUUUCACGUUUUCCUGAACACCUUCAUUAAGCCAAAUGGGGAUGCAAUGAUGAACACGCUCCUUCACGCUUUCUCAGAUGCAAGGACUCGCUGCGACAACGUAAUAUGCGACCAAUAUCUUUCUACGCUCAGCAGUGUCAGGUCUAUUUUGGCAGACUUGUUGGAGAAGAAUAGCGACAUUCCUGCACUAUUAAGACAGCUUCCGCAAACAGCCCUGACUGAGUUGGGGUCUCAAACGCUGCAACACGAGCUAAUUCUCUUGGAAACACUGAAGCCUCUUCUGAGUCGAAGCAAUCCUCAAGCAGAGGCAACACUCUUUAUGACUGCUGACCAAAGACCUUUGGGCUACUAUCAGCACUACAUAGAUGGUGUUGGGCCAUUUUCUAGCUGCUCUGCCAUGGUAUUGCGAGUCGAUGAAUUUUGCACCAAGCUUAAGACAUGUAAGCCAUCUCCAUUUAUUGUAGAAUUUGGCGAGGACUGCACAGAUCUUCUGCCACUUAUCUCCGUCCCGGAAGACUUUGACAACGAGUCCCUGGUUGCAGCUCGUGAACAGCUUUCUGUGUUGAUAAAGCGGGCAUCAAGCGCCGUAUCUUGGAAUGCAGUAUUCUCGAGACGUGCACUCGAGUGCCUGUCAGACGAGCGGAAAAGGUAUAAUGAGCUUGUAGAGGCGGCUGCAUCUACUGCCAAAGGUAAAAAGCCAGCAGACAUUCCUGAAACCGUCCCUUCUAAUGAUUAUUAUAUCAUGUGGCCUGUAUUUAUAGUGCGCAACAGCUUUAUCCCACUAGAUAUGGAGGAGUUCUGUACUAUGGUGAGCCUCAUUUAUGGCACGCUUGGCAUUGAGAGAGAUAGUAUUUGCACUCUUUUACCGCCAGUUCCAGUGGUUACAGAACAGAGUACGCCUCCCUCAACCAAGCAAGAAAAAGGGAGCCGGGCUCCCUCUCCCAUCAAGGAGAUGUUACCAGACCCAGCGUCUGCUCCCAAGGAAGCUGAGCCUGCAGAACCACCUGUGCUAUUCAAAGACACUCGAGAAUAUACACUUCUUCAUGAAGCCUUUUCAAGUAUUUUCACUCGUGGUCCCUAUAAGUCUCUUCCAUCUGGGCCGGUGGCUGAAAAGCUGGCUUUGAAUACCAAUCUAAGCCUCGAUGAGUAUAAUAAGCUGUUCAGAAUGAGCUUCAUUAACAUGUUCGCCAAUAUAUUGGUUACGCCUUCUCGUGUAUUGGAAUUUAUUAUCCAAAUGCUUCUUUGCUUCUGCUAUACGGAUGAACUCGCAGACGACUCUGUAUCGGAGGAACCUCCAGCCUCCCCUUCUCGUAUUACACAAUCACUAGCAUCGACCAGAUCAACUGCUGCAGGAAAAACUCGAGAUGCUACUCCAGACACCGGCAAGAGAGACACUCCGAAGGAUCCAGUGGCCUCAUGCCAGCGGACGUUUUCUCCAGACGUUUCGAAUCGCGUGUUCUAUCUCUUUGGGCUUUCAUCACUGCAUCACGACAACAUUAAGACGGGGAGAUACAAAUACUACCGUAAUAUUAAGCACAUCUGCUCACUAGGCCUGCAUGACGUGACUGAGGAGUCCAUCUUUUCAGUGUUUGCUGCCUUUGAUUAUACUAUGGCCUUGCAAAAGCUUCGCUCCGAGGUAUUGCAAAAGCUUUCAGAGGAAGUGGAAGAGCUGGUAGAAAGAGCACGGUCAGAUGCCGCUUCUACUCAAAAGGAGAAGGGACAGAAACAAGCAUUCUCUCGUGCUAAGAAAUAG